GAAAGAAAAAGAGAAGCGCAGGCUUCCAGCACCAGCAAGCCAAACCCACACACAAAUAAUACCUUCCUUCCAAGACAUUCAAAGCACCUCCGCGAGAAAAAGAGUAGAGCUCAAGAAGUCUCGCUUCUUUGUACGGAGAGAAAGGAAAAGAAAGAUUGAAACUUUCAAUUCAAUUCGAUUUCAAAGCAAACUCAAGGCUGAAGGUGAGAAAGAAAAGAAAAUGACAGAAAUGGAUGAUGGCUCUUCGAGACCUCCACAAAUCUCUGAAAUGUUUCAGAAAUUCGCUCUCGCUUUCAAGACCAAAACUUUCGAGUUCUUCGCUGAAGAGGAAGCUGAGGACUCCGAUAGCUUAGCACUUCUCGACUCUGCUGAAGAGGUCAUCACAGACCAGAAGGUCGUCGUCAUCAAACCAGACGGAGCAGCGGCGGACCACAAAGACUCACAGCUACAAAUUACACCGACGAAGCCUAAUUUGAGCGAAACCCAAGUGAAGAAACCAGAGCUUUCGGCGGUUACAAGGUCUUUGAGCAGAACCCAGAUCAGACCUAUCAAUACCCAGAUGACCCAGACUCUGCUUUCGUCGAUUUUUGCUACGGUUUCGUCGUUUGAAGCUUCGUACCUUCAAUUACAGACUGCCCAUGUGCCUUUUGUUGAAGAAAAUCUCAAGGCAGCUGAUCGAGCUCUGAUCUCUCACCUUCAGAGGCUCUCAGAAUUCAAGCAUUUUUAUAGAGAUUUUUGUACAAGUUCUAAUUUUGGUUCUGAUAUUCCAAUUGGGUCUUGCUUGGAAGCUCAGGUGCAAGAGAAUCAGAGCAAGCUUAGGACUUUGGGAACCAUGUCCAACAGGUUACAGACAGAGAUUGAUCAAAAAGACAAUGAAGUUAUGGCUCUGAGGAAAAAAUUGGGUGAGAUUCAAAAGUCUAAUUUGAAACUAUCUAAGAGGUUAUCUGCUACUUUGAAUUCUCCUUGUGAAGUUUUGUUGUCCGUUAGAGUCUUUGAUUCGGUUCUACAUGAUGCUUGUAGAUUAACACACAGAUUUACUAAAAUUUUGAUAACUUUGAUGGAGAAAGCUGGGUGGGAUUUAGAUUUGGCUGCUAAUUUAGUUCAUCCUGAUAUUGAGUAUGUUAAAAAAGCGCAUAACCGGUAUGCUUUCUUGUCAUAUGUUUGUUUGGGAAUGUUCAAAGGUUUUGAUUCAAAAGGUUUUGGUUUAGAUGAGAGUGAAAUGUUGUGUAAUGGGCAUGGUCCGGAGUUGGAUAAGAAUAAGGCUUCUUUGAAGCAAUUACUUGAGCAUGCGUCAAGCAAUCCAAUGGAGUUGUUAAGUAGGAAUCAAAACUGUGAAUUUUCAAGAUUUUGUGAGAGCAAGUAUCAAGAGAUUAUCCACCCCACCGUGGAAUCUUCAAUUUUUAGUAAUUUGGAUAGAAACCAAGUUGUGUUGAGUUCAUGGAGGUCUUUGAGUGUAUUCUAUGAUUCAUUCGUUAGCAUGGCUAGCUCGAUAUGGAUGCUCCAAAAGUUGGCCUACUCCUUUGAUCCAGCGGUUGAGAUAUUCCAAGUGGAAAGAGGCAUAGAUUUUUCAAUGGUGUAUAUGGAAGAUGUCACUAGGAGAUUGUUGUUGCCAGGUACAACCAGGAUGAAAGUUGGGUUUACAGUGGUUCCGGGUUUUAAGAUUGGAAGGACAGUAAUUCAAUCCCAGGUUUAUUUAAGUGGCCUGAAAUGUACAGAGUAGUGGCAAGUCAUAUUCUACUGGUUAACAUGUUAGUGGCAAUGACAUAGGCAAAUACAGGAGGUGAUCAAGAUGAGGCUGGUGAUCUUUUGAUCUUACAUGCAUGGUUUCUUGUUGAAUGCCAGAUGGAAUUCAGUGUAUGUGCGUUGGAAUAUGUAAGUUAAAGGAUGCAUCAGUUACCAUGCUCAAGAAGGAAGCUCUGUAAUAUGCACUCAAAGAAGAUGUUGCUGAACCUCUUUUGACAGAUACAUGCUACAUGGUUUGUGACUUUGGUUUUUCUUCGUAUAUGGUUUUCUGUUGAGACCUAUGUAGACUGAACUGUAUAGAACCCUUUCUCUUCUAUUUUUUGGUUUUUAUCUGACACAAUACACUGCCAAGUUGUGUAGCCUAGUUUGUUUGUAUGGACUUUGAAAAAGCUACUAAUGGAUACUAACAAUUGACCUUUUU